AUGUCUGAUGGAAGAAGAAAAUGGAAUACUUCACAUAACAGUUUUAGGCAUAGAAAUUUAUCUGAUAGUUCUGAAAAAAGAUCACCAAAAUUUAAUAGAAAAUUAACACCAUUAAUAAAUAUUUCUCCAGAAUCUGAUGAUAAAUUUACUUUAUCUAGAACUCCAUCAAUUGAAAGACAAUCUGGUGAUAGUGUUAAUAAAAUAGUUUCACCUACAAUAAUGCCUAGAAUACAUCUAUUGUCAUCUAGUCAACGUCGAAGAAAAUUUAUGCAAAGAGGUACUACAAUAUCUAAUGAAUAUUAUCAAUAUAGUCAUGAUGAUGAACAUACACAAUUUGGUCCACCACAUAUUCUUGAAGAUUUAGAACAUUUAUCACAUACAUCUAGAUCAAGUAGUAAUUCAGAUAUAGUUAAAAAUUCUAAUCGUCCUCCAACAUUGCCAGAUGGUUCAUUACCAUCACCAGGAUUUUUAAGCCCACCAGAUAUAUUUAAAUCUAAUCUUUGCUUACUUGAACAACCACCACAUAAACAAGUAAUGCUUCGUUAA